UUGGCACGGCCGGUGUAUAGAGCAGCACCAGUGCUGGCACCUGGGAAAAUUGCUUCAAUCCUUCCUCGUUGCCAGGUGGUACGAGGUAACUGGCCUCCGCAACAUCUCCUUUAUUUUUGUAAAUUGCUGUUUCUCCAAAUAUCUGGUAUUUUGGUGCUUAUAAGGAUUACGCUAAAUCGGUUUACGCCGUGCUUGAAAUUGAUCUUCGAAAGAGUUGAAGUUACAUACGUGGAUACAAAUUACUACGAAUACGUCUUUGCAAACAUAACACGCUAUGGAAGACGAAGCGACUACUAUAUAAAUAUUGAAUUUAAAAGCAUAUACGCUGCCGACAACAAUGUCACGGUCCACAUCCUAUACUACGAAUUUCUUCGCAACCAGUACAGGCGUUCGUUUAUCGAGGGUCAUUACAAGUUGUGCGAUUUCCUCAUUGACGAUCCAUAUAUUGGUGUAUUUGUGUCGGCAGUUGGCUUCGAAUGUCCUGUGAAAGCUGCUACAUACACCAUGGCGAAUAUAACUAUUCCUUUGGCAGAUUUCCCCAACGUGUUUCCCUUUGAAAAAGGACGCAUUGACAUGGCCUUUGAAGUGACUGCGACUCGUAAACCAUUGGUCGAAGCAACACUUUAUCUUACUUUUAAAAAUGAAGUUAGAAGCAAAAAACGCGGCUAA